GUGGAACUUAGGCUCUGAAGGUGCAAUUUUUAGCUUCUGAAGGAGCUUUCUUGUGGGAUUUCUCAUCAGAGUUUACUUCUUCAAAUGUAGAGAAAAAUGAAAUCAAACUGGCCAUGACAGCUGGUUGCUGGUUGCUGAGUUUGGAUGAGAAAUAUUGAGCUGUGAGUUUCAGUGAUGGAAACUCAAAGUCAUAUAGAAGUUACAGGGCAGAGAAAGAUGCUUUCGCCAGCAGCUGGAACUUUUGAAGAUCGUGAAGACCUUAUUAAACAUGUCCGUGACUUUGGAGCUAAUCAAGGAUACGUAGUUACUAUCAAGAAGUCUAGGAAGGACAGAAGAGUCAUCCUUGGUUGUGACAGAGGAGGUGUUUAUCGUAAUAGACGUAAGAUUGAUGAAAGUAAACGCAAAAGGAAAGCUAGUUCACGCCUUAUAAACUGUCCUUUUGAAGCCAUAGGGAAAAAGGAAGAUGAUGUCUGGGUGCUGACCAUUAAAAAUGGGGAACACAACCAUGAACCGUUAAAAGACAUGUCAGAACAUCCUUAUAGUCGUCGUUUCACUGAGGAAGAAGUUAGGCAAAUCAAACUUAUGACAGAUGCUGGUAUAAAACCUCGUCAAGUGCUUAAGGCUCUCAAGCAAAGUAAUCCGGAGCUGCAGUCAACACCAAGACAUUUGUACAAUCUCAAAGCUAAGAUCCGUCAAGGAAAUAUAUCUGAGAAAAGUUUCAAGUCCUGGAGGCCUAACAGGUCUACUAUUGUGGACACAAAUUCUACUCCAACUGGGGGGUCAAAGCAAAACAACAACCAGCCGCUGAAGGUUCCUAAUUUUAUUGGAGGAAAAUUCGUGGAUUCGCAAGGGUGUUCACUGAUUGAUGUUUUAAAUCCUGCAACACAAGAGGUUGUUUCUCAAGUUCCUUUAACUACCUUUGAAGAGUUAAAAGCUGCAGUUGCUGCAGCAAAGCAAGCUUUUCCUUCAUGGAAGAACACACCUAUCACCACUCGGCAACGUAUAAUGUUCAAGCUCCAGGAGCUCAUCCACAGAGAUAUUGAUAAACUUGCCAUGAAUAUUACAAUAGAACAGGGUAAGACGUUGAAGGGUGCGCAAGGUGAUGUGCUCCGUGGUUUAGAGGUGGUUGAACAUGCUUGUGGAAUGGCAGCUUUGCAAAUGGGGGAGUUUGUCCCUAAUGCAUCUAAUGGAAUUGAUACAUACUGCAUCAGAGAACCACUUGGUGUUUGUGCUGGGAUAUGCCCCUUUAACUUCCCUGCAAUGAUUCCCUUGUGGAUGUUCCCGAUUGCUGUUACAUGUGGCAAUACCUUUGUUCUUAAGCCAUGUGAAAAAAACCCAGGGGCUGCAAUGAUACUUGCAGCAUUAGCAAUCGAGGCUGGUUUGCCUGAUGGUGUCUUGAAUAUUGUUCAUGGCACUCACGAUAUUGUAAAUCAUAUAUGCGAUGAUGAUGAUAUAAAGGCAGUAUCGUUCUUCGGUUCAAAUACAUCUGGAAUGCACAUAUAUGCUAGGGCAGCUGCUAGAGGGAAACGUGUUCAGUCCAAUAUUGGAGGCAAAAAUCAUGCAAUCAUUAUGCCUGACGCUAGCAUGGAUGCUACUUUGAAUGCUCUUGUAGCUGCGGGCUUUGGUGCUGCAGGACAGAGGGGCAUGGCUCUCAACACAGCUAUUUUCAUUGGAGGUUCAGUGCCGUGGGAAGAAGAACUUGUUGAGCGUGCCAAAGAACUUAAAGUAAAUGCAGGAACAGACCCUGAUGCAGACCUUGGUCCAGUUAUUACUAAAGAGGCAAAGGAUCGGAUAUGCAGAUUAGUACAGAAUGGUGUUGAAAAUGGUGCUAGAAUGCUGCUUGAUGGGAGACAUUUGGUGGUUCCAGGAUAUGAGAGUGGGAAUUUUGUUGGUCCUACCAUCUUAUGUGAUGUUACAACCAACAUGGAGUGCUACAAGGAAGAAAUUUUUGGACCAGUUCUCCUCUGUAUGCAGGCUGAUAGCCUAGAAGAGGCCGUAACCAUUGUGAACAGAAACAGGCAUGGAAAUGGAGCAUCCAUAUUCACAACAUCUGGCAUUGCUGCGAGGAAGUUCCAGAAUGAAGUUGAGGCUGCGCUGGUUGGGGUCAAUGUUCCUGUUCCAGUUCCAUUGCCAUUUUCCUCAUCCAAUGGAUCAAAGCCAUCUUUUGCUGGGGAUCUCAAUUUUUGCGGGAAGGCGGGUGUGCAAUUUUACACCCAGAUUAAAACAGUGGCACAACAGUGGAAGGAUUUACCAAGCCUAGUAGUGUCGCGAGCUGCGCCUCCAUCAUCUGAGACAGAUACAGCAAGCCGAGGAGUGUCUUCAGCAUUGCCUGCAACUUCUGAGAGAGAUUCACAUAGCCAAAGAAUGUCACCAACCAUGCCGUCGGCAUCUGAGAGUGAUUCACCAACUAAUGAAGUGUCGCUGGCCAUCCCUACAACAUCUGAGGCAGAUUUACCAAACACAGGGGUGUCAUCUGCGUCUCCAACAACUGAUAGGGAUUUACAAAGCCAGGAAGUGUCCACGGUCUUGCCUCCAAUAUCUGAGAGGGAAUUACAAAACCGUGAUAUGUCAGUAGCCAUGCCUCCUGCAACCGAGAGGGAUGUUCCAAACCAAGGGAUAUCCAUAUCGACACCCCAGUCAUCUGAGAGGAUGUAUAUGCCUCAGGCUCAGUGGAAUGAAACUCAACACACACUGUCUCAAAGGACCGAAACUAUUCUGCCAACUUCUGAGAGGAUUCAUGCGCCUACAUCUCAGAGGAACGGCAUCACAUCCCCUGCAUCUCAAAGAGUUGAUGCCGCAAUGGCCUUGGCUUCUGAAAGGGUAUAUAUUCCUACAUCUCAUGCACUAGACAGUAUGGGUCCAAUAUCUCAUAGGAAGGACAGUAUGGCUCCAACACCUCUUAGGAUUGACACUACCGUGCAUCCAACUUCCGACCGGGUAUACAUGCUGGCUGCAUCUCACUUGAAUGACAGUAUGGGUCAAACAUUUCAAAGGAAUAACACCACUAUGUUUGCAACUUCUGAGAGGUUAUACAUGCCUGCCACUUCUCACCUGAAUGACCAUAUCGGUUCGACAUCUCAGAGGACCGAUAUUGCUUUACAUCCUACUUCGGAGAGGAUAUACAUGCCUGCAACAUCUCAAAGGAAUGAUAACAUGGCUCCGGCUUCCCAACGAGCUGAUGCUAUUCCUCCAACUUCUGAAAGAAUGUACAUGCCUCCAAUAGUUCAGAGGAAUUCCGGUAUGCCUUCGACAUCUGAGAGGUUAUACAUGCCUCCAGCAUCUCAGAGGAUGUACUCUCAGAACCCCAUAAUUUCAAUGGAUGAGUUUCCAAGCCAAGGAGCAUCGUUGACUUUGCCGACAUCUCAGAGGAUAUAGGAAGGAUAUUAGGCAAUACAAUUUGUGUAACAUUUUAGGAUCCUUGUAGACAAUAAUCUCAUAAUGCAAAUAAGUUUAUUUUCUUUUUCGCAGUACA